AAAAUCCGAGGAAUGGUUUUCUCUGAGGACUCUGCUUGUUGACUAAAUUAAGGAUUAUGUUAUUAGCAGUAAGUGCAUUUCCAGUAGCACUUGUGUUGACUUGGAGUAAAAACACCUGGCAAGGAAAGGAGGUGAUCUUGAAAGUAGGAAACAAAUUUUCACGCUUCAAGUCACAAGAACAGCAUGAACUUUUGGAAGAAAUUAUUGAAGCUAAAUGGCCUUAAAAUGGCAGAUGAGCCUAUGGAAGAAGGUGAACCAUAUUCCUACCACGAUGAAGGAAGUGUGAAAGAAAUUCCUAUUACACACCAUGUGAAAGAAGGAUGUGAGAAAGCAGAUCCAGCACAGUUUGAACUACUUAAGGUUCUUGGACAGGGAUCAUUUGGAAAGGUCUUCCUCGUGAGGAAGAUAAUUGGGCCUGAUGCUGGGCAGCUUUAUGCAAUGAAAGUGUUGAAAAAAGCUUCUUUAAAAGUUCGGGACAGAGUCCGUACCAAAAUGGAGCGAGACAUCUUGGUAGAAGUAAAUCACCCGUUCAUCGUCAAACUGCACUAUGCCUUUCAGACUGAAGGGAAGCUCUAUUUAAUAUUGGAUUUUCUCAGGGGAGGAGAUGUAUUCACACGAUUAUCCAAAGAGGUUAUGUUUACAGAGGAAGAUGUGAAAUUCUACCUCGCAGAACUGGCCCUUGCUUUGGAUCACCUUCACAGCUUGGGAAUUGUGUACAGGGACCUGAAGCCAGAAAACAUUUUGCUUGAUGAAGCAGGACAUAUCAAGUUAACAGACUUUGGACUGAGCAAGGAAUCAGUAGACCAAGAGAAGAAGGCCUAUUCUUUCUGUGGUACUGUAGAGUACAUGGCUCCUGAAGUGGUAAACAGGCGAGGGCACAACCAGAGUGCUGACUGGUGGUCCUUUGGGGUCCUCAUGUUUGAAAUGCUUACUGGUACCCUGCCAUUUCAAGGUAAAGAUCGAAAUGAGACUAUGAAUAUGAUACUGAAAGCAAAGCUGGGAAUGCCUCAGUUCCUCAGCCCCGAAGCACAAAGUCUCCUGAGGAUGUUGUUUAAAAGGAACCCAUCAAAUAGAUUAGGAGCUGGUUCAGAUGGAGUUGAAGAAAUUAAGAGACAUCCUUUUUUUUCUACUGUUGACUGGAAUAAACUGUUCAGAAGAGAAAUUCAGCCUCCAUUCAAACCUGCCUCUGGAAAGCCAGAAGAUACUUUCUGCUUUGAUCCAGAAUUCACAGCAAAAACACCAAAAGAUUCUCCAGGGGUCCCACCCAGUGCAAACGCCCACCAGCUCUUCAAGGGAUUUAGUUUUGUUGCAACUACUACUGUAGAAGACCAUAAAAUAUCACCCCUCACCAACAUCCUGCCCAUAGUCCAGCAGCUUCAUGGGAACAGUGCACAGUUCACUGAUGUCUAUGAACUGAAGGAAGAUAUUGGUGUGGGCUCCUACUCUGUUUGCAAGAGAUGUAUCCACAUAGCUACAAACAUGGAGUUUGCUGUGAAGAUAAUUGAUAAAAGCAAAAGGGAUCCCUCAGAAGAAAUCGAGAUUCUCAUGCGUUAUGGGCAACAUCCAAAUAUUAUUACUUUAAAGGAUGUGUAUGAUGAUGGCAGAUUCAUCUACCUGGUCACGGAGCUGAUGAAGGGGGGGGAGCUGCUGGACCGGAUCCUGCGGCAGAAAUUCUUCUCGGAGCGGGAGGCCAGCGCUGUGCUCUUCACCAUCGCCAAGACCGUGGACUACCUGCACUGCCAGGGGGUGGUGCACAGAGACCUUAAACCCAGUAAUAUUUUAUACACUGAUGAUUCAAACAAUGCUGAUUCCAUCAGGAUUUGUGAUUUUGGAUUUGCAAAACAACUUCGAGGAGAAAAUGGACUACUCCUAACUCCCUGCUACACUGCGAACUUUGUGGCACCAGAGGUUCUCAUGAGACAGGGAUAUGAUGCUGCAUGUGACAUAUGGAGCUUGGGAGUUCUCCUUUACACAAUGUUGGCAGGCUAUACUCCAUUUGCCAAUGGUCCCAAUGAUACUCCUGAGGAGAUCCUAGUACGGAUAGGCAGUGGAAAAUUCUCUCUAAGUGGAGGCAACUGGGACACUGUUUCAGAUGCAGCAAAGGACUUGUUGUCACACAUGCUGCAUGUGGAUCCCCACCAGCGGUACACGGCUGAGCAGGUGCUGAAGCAUUCCUGGAUUGCCUGUAGGGACCAGCUGCCUCAUUAUCAGCUCAACAGGCAAGAUGCCCCACAUCUAGUAAAGGGAGCCAUGGCUGCUACAUAUUCUGCACUGAAUCACAAGACAUUUCAGCCAGUGCUGGAGCCUGUGGCAGCCUCCAGUUUAGCUCAGCGACGGAGCAUGAAAAAGCUCACAUCCACAGACUUAUAGAUCCACUGGGACACCUGAGCAGACACAAGCAAGGGGGAAACCCAACAAGUGGCUCUAUUUUGCCUGACCUGUGAUCAAAAGGCAUCUAUGGUUUCCUGCUACACUACUUGAAUUCUGUAAAAGUCCUUUUUUUAAAAAGAAAAAAAAAAAUCCACAGGUUCAUACUGUGUUUGUUUUACAGGCCGUAUCUGUUAAGUUAAUUUAAACAUCAGGUACACCAUAAUGAAUUUCUCUACACUGUCCUUUGAGAUCUGUUGGAAAUAUUCUUUCACAUUCUGUAUAGUUUUGCUGGGUUCAGUUAAAAAAAAAUGGUUUAGGGGACCGUUGCCCAUGACCAAGUUGUACAUAAAGUGUCAGUGUGAGUUUUGUUGCUUCACACCUUUAGACCCUGCUGUGAAGGGCAAAUUCUUCAUUUUGUAAUUGGGCACUUCAUUGAUUCAACUCAAUUCCUUUCCCUUGCCCAUGACUAUUAUGCAGAGUUGAGCAAUGUGAUGUGCCAGAGUUGAUUCAUCACCGUUGAUUUGGCAGGUCUGUGUUUGCAUGGUGCCAGUAACUGAGGAGGUUCUGUGGAAACACAAACCAAAGGGAUAUGCAAGAUCCUGCACUUCAGUUUGAUCCCUUGUGACCCAAAAGAAAUGCUGGUUAUGGCCUCUAACAGGAAAAUGAACAUUUCUGGUUCUUAGCACAAAUUGUGUCCUGCACUGAGCUGGAGAAAGUCAAUAUGUGCAUAAACUGUCAAAAUUCAGGCUCAGAAACAUUGGUGCCACUUGAAAACAACAUCAUGCAGCUCAAUCCUUUGUUAUUUACAUUUCCCAUCCAUUAGUACAACUACUGUGUUAUUUUCCUCAGCAGUCUUUCCACUAAAUACACCCAAUAUUAGGUUUGUUUGGCAUAUGAGACAAACUGACACUUUAUUUAAAUCAACUUGGCACUUGGGGUUUAUUUUUUAUUUAUUUGACUGUUUUUUUUAAUAGAAGGUUGCUUCUCUCUGACUUUCUCGCCGCAUGUACAAAUAUUACAGAGCAGAAAUGCAAAAUUCUCUUUGCCUAACUGUAGGGGUAGCUUGGGAAAAUAAAUAAGCCUUGCUGUGUGCCCAGGUAAGGGAAUUCUGACCAAGAAAUUUCACAGUUAGGGACAAAUUCCUUUCAGCAUCCUGUGGCCAGCACUCACUCACCCUCUCUGUCUGGUGUUAGGACUUCAGCUGUUCCUUAAUGCUCUGAUGGAGAGGAAAUUAAUUUCAGGGCCAGAAUUACCUUGGGGUUUCCUGACUCAAAACCAAUGCUUACUGCUGGUAGUUGAUUCAGAGAUAUGCUUAGAAGUGUUUUCAAAAGUUGUAGACACUGAGCAACUGUAGUGACAUAGCAGGAUGAUUUUAAAUAUUAAAUAUAUUAGUGACAUUAGACUGUGAAGUGACCAAAACUCAAACAUCAGACUCAUUUGUCAUCAUUGAAUUUUCAAGUGCAAGACCCCAGGGCUGACAGAAAUCAAUGUUUUGAGACAGCAGAAAAAAACCUUUGAGGAGAAUUCUGGCCCAAGCACCAGGAGUGGUGGUGAUAACUCAGAUCUCACAAGAGAUGUUGGCUGGUUUUUGCUUAUACUUGUGAAGGACUUGGUGGUGUUGGAAAUACUUUAGAUAAGCUGCUUUCUUCUGUUGUGGUGGGGGAAGAUGGACAUUAUCUGGCCAAAUAGUUAGGUAUGAAUAUAUGUAGAUUUGAGACUUAAUAAUAUAAGCAAACAUAAGUGUGCCCUUUGUAUCACGCAGAACAUCCCCCAGAUGGAAUUUCUUGAGUGUUUGAUAGAUGUUGGAAGCUUUAGGGGCCAUUUGUGCCUAGUUUUGAGGUGCCUGUUUGAAAUGCUUGAAAGCUUAUCAAAGAACACAACUGCUUACUGGAAAGCUCCUUGUUUAGUACAAAAUCUGCCCCCUUUUGCAGCUGCUCCAUCCUUCUUUUCCUUAAUGAAGACCUUUUCCAGCAAGAAUGCCUGGGAACCUCUUGUCUACACUCUGUCAGGGUCAUUUUGAUGUAAAUUUAAAGAUGACUGCCAGAAGAUUUUUAAUUCACUCAAAAAAAAAAA